AAACUCUCGAGCCGUCAACGUGUCCAGCGGAAAGUUAAAAGCCAAAUAUCAUUUGGACUUUGUGUUUUACGCGUUUCAAAAGCCAGAAUUUCAGUGCGGAGUGCAGCUGCCCGAAAAGGAUACGGCCCAAACGAAAGACUUAGGAAGCGAACGCGAUGACGAAAGGCCAGAGCCCAGAAAGCCAGGGAAAAUGGCUCCUGCCCAUGCUGCUGCUGCUGUUCACUGCUGGACAGGUCACCACACAGGAACCGCCAGCGGCGCCGGGAGAGUUUGCUCCCCAUGUCACCGCCACUUGCAAGGCGGGCACAAUGAACAUCAAGGUCAAGAUGAGCUCCGGCUACACGGGCGCCGUUCAUGUCCGGGACUAUCGCACGCCCGGCUGCAUGGCCAUGGGCGAUGGCAGCGACUCGGUGGCCUUCAGCCUGAAUCUCUGGGCCAAGCAGGGCGCCAGCGACUACUGCGGCAUCCUGGUCAGCAACGUGAGUGGAAGCAAUCGAACCGAGGAGCGUUCCAUUCAGCUGGCCGUGCGUGUGCACAAGACUCUGGAGCUGGCGGACGAUAAGUUUUAUGUGAUUACCUGUGGCAAAUCGGGCUUUGCGCGCGAUGACAAUGCCCAUGUGGUGCUCAAGUUCCUGGAGAAUGAUCAUCGGGUGCGUGAGACGGUCUAUGGCCACCAGUACAAGAUCCGCGCCGAGUUCUCCAAGCCAAACGAUACCUAUGGCCUGCGAGUGGGUAACUGCUUUGCCUUUGACAAGAAGAACAGGACCCAAAAGCUCACCGAUGAUAGCGGCUGCCCCUAUGACACGAAUAUCAUCAGUCGCUUUGUGCCCACAGCAGAUGGACGAGCUGCCGAAGCGGUGCUUAGAUCGAUGUUCAAGUUUCCCGAGGGAUCCGAGGUGCAUCUGCAGUGCGAUGUGAUCCAGUGCUAUGGUCGCUGCGUGGAGAUCGAUGACUGCAAUGAUGUGGCAUUGGCUGGAUUUGGCAAGGGCACCAAUGGACCCAGAAAGUUCGGUCCCAACGAGGAGGGCUCCAGCCUGGCCGGAACCACGGUCUUUGUGCUCGAUCCCAACGAGGCCAGAUUGAUCUCGGGCAAUUGCGAGGAUGGCAUCCGACCCAGUUGGCUGCUGUGGCUGACCAUUACCUUGGGUGUACUCUUCCUGAUCAUGCUGCUGAUGAACAUCUUCCUUUGCACCGCCAUGAGCUGCAGUUGUGCUAACACAGAGAUAAUCGAGAAGGAGCCAUCCAUCAUCGAGGAGUACGAUCCGUAUCGCAGUUGGCAUGGCAGUCAGUAUGGUUCGCGGUAUUCGCUGCACGGCAGGGAUGCCCACAAGGGAUACACCAGCGGUGGCUCCACGAUACACUCAAAUAGGUCAAUGCCAAUCGAUAACGAUAACGAUUAUGCCAUCGUGCAUUCGCGUCCAGGCUCUAGACAUUCCACGUUACACGGACAGCGCGCCCAUCGGGGACCGCCCAGUAAUAUUUGAACAGAUCCCAAUAGGAACGAUAGGAACGCGACAAUAAUGAACGCUAAUUCUUUAAGUUAGAUUAAGUAAAGCAGGGGGUGUCAAGGAAAUUGCUAGAAAUUAAAAAAAGAGCACCUUAAAGGGUGUCUAUUUCUAGCCAUUUCUGUGAUACCCCCCGCAUACAUAUAUGUAUGUCCCCCUUUCCCAUCUCUCGAACUUGAGUCUCAAAUGUACAUAACUAAGUGAAAAUUCUCGCCCUGCCCUGCAAGUUUUCCAAAUUUCUCCAAAACGAACGUUAGAGAUGAUGAUGCCGCUGUAAAAUACUAAACUAAACGUACUAAAGUUCUCUUUGCCUAAUUGUAAUUGAACAACUUAACAUAAGUCAUUAGUCUGUCAUAAGUGCGAACGAAUGUGUAUUAGUGAAAUGUUUCAACUACUUGUAACUUGUAAAAAUAUAAACAAAAAGCAGGCCAACAAAAUUAAUUUAAAUUAAAAGCUACAGUAUAGUCUAAAAUGUUAAGAAGCAAACAUUUGGCAAAUGCGUUAAACGUACGAAUUGUAAUUAAUUAUAAAUUU